GCCCAGACCCACGCUUGAGUGGGUUCACAAUCGUCAGUAACAGGUUGCGCGAGGAGAGAGGAAACUUGUAAACUUAAACAACAACAUUGCCUGGGGAUAUGACUUGACGGACACCAACUGACCACAGUUUAAGCCGGGUAGGUGAGUAGACUGCUGGACUUUAUGUGAUAUAGGUAGUAGUGACCCAUGGCUACAGCUGGGUAUGUUUUAUACACCAAACAGCCAGCCCUGGCUAACAGCAUCACCUCCGAGUACGACGUGCAGCUGUCACUCUGCACACGGCGUCGACAGCGAGCACAUGUACGUUGUAUGGAUUUCUAAAAGCACAGUUUACGUCGAUAUACAGUCGGCAGAUUAACAUCAUGGGUCGUAUGACGAACUUGACCCUCCUGCUGGUCCUGCUUGUGACGUCAAAGGCCUUACCCCAGCGCCUCAAACGCAACAUGGACUCGGACCUUCGUGAAGUCCUCCUUGAGUUGAUGGAGCUGGAAGAAGACUCCAAUAAGGUUGAGAGUGAGAAGCGACAGCAGGACCAGCAGCAGGAGGAAGAGGACCAGCCUCGGGGUGACGAGUACUCUGCCGAGCUCUGGCUUGAAGAUGUCAACAAGAAGCUGAGAAAGUGGAACAACAGGAUGUCCUUGGCAGAGUGGGUGUUCAGCACAAACAUCACCGACAACAACCGAGAACAGUUUGCAAACAGCGAGACGAAGUACUCGGAAUGGUUUCCUUCCAUCCUCGAGCAAGCCCGGGAGUGGAUGAAGAGCGAUGACCUUGACCCCGACACAAACAGACAACUUAGGCUGCUCACAAAGUACGCGGAGCCGAAAGAUCCGGAGGACGUCAGGAAACAGAAGGAUCUCGAGGGUCGCAUGUCGGAGAUCUACAGCACCGCCCGGGUGUGUCGGAGUAGGGAAGACUGCCUACAGAUAGAACCGGGACUCAUUCAAGUGAUGGCCACCAGUACCGACCCGGCUGAACUACUGUGGGCGUGGGAUGGGUGGAGAGACGCGACUGGCCCACCAAUCAAACCUCUGUAUCUGCAGUACGUGAAGCUACUGAACCAAGGAGCGAUGGAGAAUGAUUAUAAGGAUUAUGGUGAUUACUGGCGAGAUGCACAGUUUGACGAGACGCCCAACCUAGAGCAACUCUGUGAUAGGCUGUGGUCAGAGGUCAAACCGUUGUAUGUCCAGCUGCAAGCGUACGUUCGCCGGAAACUAACGGAGUUCUACGGAGAAGACAUCGUUGGAACGAAUGGAGCAAUACCUGCUCACUUGCUUGGCAAUAUGUGGGCCCAGAACUGGCAGAUGAUAUCGGACAUCGUCCUGCCGACGUCUACAGACCCCAGCAAUGAUGUAGCCAAGGCGGCAGAGGUCAAGCUCAAAGAACGAUACAAUGUAACGGGACUAUUUCAACUCUCGGAGAAGUUUUAUGAAUCCAUUGGACUCUUCCCAAUGACAGACAUAUUCUGGGAGAAAUCCAUGUUCGUCAAGCCGGAAGACAGACAAGUCACGUGUCACGCAUCAGCCUCGGAUCUGUUUGCAAAGGACGAUUUCCGAAUCAAGAUGUGCAGCGAGGUGAACAUGGACUACCUCUACACCAUCCACCACGAGAUGGGGCACAUCGAGUACUUCAUGGCUUACUCCAACAAGUCCACUGUCUACCGUACCGGCGCCAACUCCGCCUUCCACGAAGCCGUGGGCGACACGAUGGCGUUGUCUGUCGGCACCCGCGAACACCUUAACUCCAUCGGACUCAUCGACACAGCAACCAGGACGAAAGAAGGCGACAUCGCCGACCUGCUGGCCACUGCGUUGUUCAAGGUGGCGUUCCUGCCGUACGGCUAUCUGAUUGACAAGUGGCGAUGGCGGGUGUUCAGUGGAGACAUCCCCGAACAGCACAUCAACAAGGAGUACUGGAAGCUCAGGCUGGAGUACCAGGGUAUUGUGUCACCCACCCCGCGGUCGGAGAAAGACUUCGACCCUGCCGCCAAGUACCACGUACCGUCCAAUUCACCAUAUAUGUGCUACUUCAUCAGCUUCAUCGUCCAGUUCCAGUUCUAUGAGGCCAUGUGUAAAGCCAAGGGCCACGAGGGGCCGCUGCACACGUGCGAUUUCUACAGAUCAAAAGAAGCCGGCGAGAAGCUCAUGAACAUGCUGAGUCUUGGCGCCAGUCAGCCCUGGCCAGAUGCGCUGCAGCAGUUGACGGGGUCACGUGCAGUGUCGGCGGAUGCACUGUUGGAGUAUUUCCGUCCUCUGAGGGCGUGGCUGGAGGAGCAGAACCAGGGGGAGAACCUGGGCUGGGCUGGAGCACAAAUCAACUGGGAGGAGUGAAAUAAAGAUGUAUUCUUCUCUGUUGAUUGUAUAUGGCUGACAUAUGUGACAUAGUUAGCUUCGGUGUGCAAACAUGGUCGUCGGUUGGAAUAUUGGUUCGCGAAUACACAAUGUCUUUUUGAAAA